UGACCAAUGAGAGGCAGAGCUCGAGCUCAUGAGUGACACACAGAUGUCGAAGCGCGUGCUGAAGACUGAGCUGUCAAUUACUGUUAAACAAGGACAGAUAGACAUCAAUACACACGCUCCUGAAAGUACAAUCUGUGGACGACGCGCUUUUCGAAAAUGGUGCUGGACCCUCGAGGAGAGGUCGAUGUUGGAGAAGCAGAGCUAGAAGACUGUGAAAACACAAAGCAGGAGAUGAAUUCACCAAACCAGACCAGCAGGGAGAUGGAGAACUUGGUAUCCACUAAUAGCAGUGAGGAGAGUUCCAGAACCGACCAAUCAGAGAGUGAAGAGAGGACCUUUGUGACCAAUCUGUACUGUUUUAUGAAGGAAAGAGGCACUCCAAUAGAGAGAAUUCCCCACCUCGGCUUUAAACAGAUCAACCUGUGGAAAAUCUACAAAGCCGUGGAGACGCUUGGAGGAUAUGAUGCGGUAACAGCACGGAGGCUAUGGAAGAAUGUGUACGACGAGCUGGGUGGUAGUCCAGGCAGUACUAGUGCAGCCACCUGCACACGCAGACACUACGAAAGGUUGGUGUUGCCCUUUGAGAGGCAGCUGAGAGGGGAGGAGGACAAACCGCUGCCACCUUCAAAACCUCGCAAACAGUACAAGAGGAGCCCUGAGAACAGGGGAAGUAAGCCAGAGAGCAAGAAGAAGAGGAAGAUGGAGAGAGAAGAGUGCGAGGAGAAAAUGGGAUCAGAUCAUCACUGUGAGAGAGGCAUGUGUUCCCAUCACAGUACAUGGAUGUCAUCCUCUGAUCGCCUAGACUCUGAGAAGUCUUCCACGAUUCCUGUCCAUGGUCCGCACCCUGGUACCUGCUCCAGGGAGAAGCUCCUCCUUCAGACUCCCACCCCGGCUGAGGUGAUCUCUCCCUUGGAGAAGAAGAAGCGUCUGGCCCAGGCUAGCCUCACUGUCCCUGCCUCUGGCUCCUCUGAGGAUGGUGCAGAACUGGAGAGACCCUCCGUCAUUCAGCUAUCCCACUCUUCCCAGUCUCCUGCUUGCCCUUCGUCUACUCGCACCCGCCACUCUUCCGAUGGCUCGCCUCUCCCCGUCUCCUCUCCGUCCGGCUCCUUAUCCCGUAGCCCAUCUCCUUACUCGGUCUCCUCCGAGGACUGUAUAGCCGUGCCGGACCAGAAGUCUCCAGUCAAAGAGACCGAAACUAAGACACCUUCUCGUUUGCCCACUCUCCCCACAUCCAAGGCUGGUAGCACCGGAGUUUGCAAGCCUCUCGGCUGUUACCCCAACAGCAAAGAACCUGCCAACUAUCACCACUACUAUUACCGGGAAUACCUGCAAGCUGGUCCACACCACUCCGAAAAGACCCAAAGGAGCCUUUCAUGGACCUCGGAUGGUAAAUCUGGCACCAGACAUACAUCCCACAGGCUGCCCUCGCCUGGCUGCACCAAAGCCUGCUGGGUCCCUCAUGCCUCCAGCUUCUCCAAAGUCUUACCGCGUGAUCCCUGCAGGCCUGUGUCACUACAGCACACUUUUAAGCCGCACAUGUCCUACCCCCAGCACCUCCUAAAGAGGCCCACCUCCGAUGAAGCCUACUUGAAGAAGAUACCAGCGUCCUCUCCACUUCGCAUGGCGGACAGGAAAGAUAAAGCAAAGACUAUGUUGCCCAAGCCUCUGCCUACCCAGCAGUACCUUCUCCACCCUCACGCUGGUCUGACAAUUCCCUUCCUACCAACCUUAGAGAGACCCCAAAGAGACUUAGCCGAACAGUUGAAGGCUCUACCUCUUCAACCUGUACUUCUUCCAACCCAUCUAACAAUACCUCAGACCCACUCUAUGCAUUGCCCACCAGUGGGCACCCCCUUUCCUGGGUCAUAUGAGGCUGCUUUGCCCUCCUACCCUUACCCGUUUCCGAUCUGGCAUCCACCUGCUGGGUACAACAUGACGGGCAUGCAGCCAUACUGAACUAUUCUGAAACUACUGGUCCUAGAGGGCCAUUGUCCUGCAGAGUUUAGCUCCAACCCUAAUCAAAUACACCAGAACAAGCAAAUCAAGGUCUUCAGGCGGGCGUGUUUUUAAUCAAGGUUGGAGCUAAACUCUGCAGGACCAAAGUUGCCCAUCCCUGGUCUAGACUUCUAUUGUGCUUCAGGGCUUACAAGUCAACAUGAAAUCAAAAUCUAACCUGUUUAUUUUUUUAAAUACAUAUUUAGCCAUGUUAUUCAGAAGAAAACAAUGCCUUUUGUGAUCAAAAUGUAAUAACAUGCUCAGACUCACCUCUUAAAUUAAACCGUGUGCUGGCCGUUUCGUUUCCUUCACAAAUGAAUGGAGGUGAGAGGUGGAACGGAUUUUUCAUGAUCAAGUUACAGGAUCAUUUUACAUGAAGUAAAAUGGGUUGUGAAUCGUUUCAUGUUGAUUUUAAAGACUAAUGCCAAAUGAAAGACUGUUACAUAUGAGAUCCUGUAACUGGUGGAGCAUCAUAUUUAUGGGAUCGAUUCCCAACGAACACACAAUACUGAUCAAAUGUAUCAGUGAAUGCACUGUAAAUCGCUUUGGAUGACCAAAUGCUGUAAAAAUUUCAAUGUUACGUAUGUUGACAAGUUCAUCCAUGUAGCUAUAUCUUCAAAAGAGAAUAGCUUCUUAGUUGAUGUGGAUUAAGUGUAAACAAUCUUUCAAGCUAUUAAUCUAAUGAAUACAAAUUACUUGUGGUACAGAUCAGGGUCCAGAGUAAAUAAUUCUCAUAUGAGUAAAUCCUCCAAAAUUGUACUUUUUAUCCUUAUAUUAGUUUCAAGGCACUUACCACAAGAUCCACGUGUUUGACAAAUGCUCCAAUAAUGUAAAAAAUGUCUGUAAUGUACAAUUGUAUACUGAAUGUAAAAAAUAUUUUUGUAUAAAAUAAAUUUGUCGAGAUCA